CACACAAUCUUACACGCACACACCGUACAGUUUAACACACAUGGUGUGUUGGGUGUGGCGGUAAAUAAGAGGCGACGACAAAAGCUGGCAAGCCAAUAUAGCAAGGGUGUGUGUAUUGUUAUUUUCCUAAGUAAAUCAAUCGCUUGAAUAAUACACUAUCAAGACCGUCUUCCCAAAGAGGUAUUUACAAGAGCGAGAAGGUGUAGUGUUCAUGCGUAGAACUAUUAUACACUUUCAUAUCGGAACCAUAACUUCAGCUUCCCGUUGCCUACCAUCAACUGUGGCUAUAGUUAUAAUAUCAUGAGCAAGCAGUGAGCGUUAUUGACGGAACAGAAAUCAACGCUAAAGAUCAGCAGCGCUUUCCACCUGCUUGUUUGCAACAGUACUCGUGAUCUCUGAUCAAACGUUACCUAGCAACGGAACGCUACCAGCAUCCAACGACACAAUGGCGGGUCGUCAUGGCAACGAGACUUCUAACAACUGGCUUAUCCCUUGCUUCUUUCUAUUCGAUUGUAUUCUAUUGGCGGCUGUAGUGGUAUUAUGGUAUUUCAUGGAAUGGCAGACACAGACGUUUACAUUACACGAUGCCACGAUACCAUGUAUCGAUAUCGCCUACUACAGCUACCCAGAGAGAGUCGACAUCGUACCGGAAACCAUCGUCUUCGUCCUCGCUUUCGUUCUUCCGCCCAUCGUGGUGUUAUUCGGAGAAGCCGCUGUGGGUUUGUAUAACCUUCAGGGCGGUAAGAAGCAGCUCUUCAUGGAGAAAUCUGUGAUGACAUUCGGCAUGAAGUUACAUGCUCUCCUCCGGAGAACGGUCAGAUUCACAGGUAUCUUUCUGCUUGGUGCUUUUAUCACUUGGAUCUUAACCCGUGCUGGUCAGCUAAUACUCAGUCAUCCUGCCCCAGACUUCUUCACCCGAUCAACCUGUACGCCAUGUUCUAACGCUGCAGAAAGCACCUUCACAAUCAGUGACUGUACUACAAUAAUAGACUCUGCGAGGCAAUCAUUCCCGUCCCUGUAUGCUUCUCUCAGUGCCUACGCCUCGGUCUAUGUUGCCGUGUACAUCACGAUGCUGAUGAAGCUAAAUGCAGCUCACACCCUACGCCCUUUCGCUGGUCUUUGUUUUAUCGCGGUACCCUACCUACUUGGUGUACAGCAGAUCGCAGCUCACAGAGCGCAUUGGGGUGACGUCAUUGGAGGGUGGAUCCUAGGGAGUGUGGUGGCAUUUUAUCUGAUCUAUGGAGUCCUGGACGCCUUCCUGGGACCGCUCAUGUCCACCACUAGCCCGAGAAUGGAUAAUGGCGUCGGCGCCAACGAGGAUUACGUCAUCGAACACGAACACGCCCUCCACAACGGCAACACCCAUCCCGAACCCAUGGUGAUGAACGGUCUUCGACAUAGCCAGAGAGAUCGUGACGGGUACACGGACCGAGGAAUGGAGGUAAAUGGUGGCGUGUAUAACAAGGAAGACCCUUGGCAGGGUGGUCCAAGGGAUGCUAAUGCUAUCAGCGGCAAGAGGGUUCCAGACGGGAAAAGCAGGGGUGUAGAUCAUUACAUGUACUAACCAAUACCAUGCUUCUUACUGGGGUAUAUUGGGUGCCGGGUUUCCCCGCUUCGGACAAUCACAGAUACUUGAACUGAAAAUUUUCUUUUGGUAAUUUUUUCCGGAAAACGUUUGUCGAUCUGAUUCUGAAGUUUGAUGAUCGUUCAUAUGAAAUAUCGAUACUUCUUCAAUACCCAACCGCUUUAUAUCCCGCUAUUUAUCUCAGAGCUUCCGGCAAUCUUUUUUCUUUCAUUGAACAAAUUAUUUAGUGUAUUGAUUAUACACGAAAGGAAAUGAUCUCAGUAACUAUAAUAUUUGUACUUUAUGUACAAAAAGUCAUUCAAUUAUACGAAUUGUAUCGAAUCAUAACCAAUAAUGGUGUAUAUACUACUAAAUAUCAGUAUAUUUCAUUUUCAUGUGAGAAUCAUUUGUCUUUCAGUAAAUAUGUAUGUUGUGCUUUCUAUGCCAAUCUAACAACAAAAUACAAAAUGUGGCUUCAUUAACAGCAAAUAUAGAUUAAUCACAAAGUGUAGUUUCAAAAGAUUGUUAAUUAAAUACGUGUAUAUUGCCGUGAAUAUAUAGCUUGGACAUUUUAGGCAUUAAUACUUCCUUCCCUGAUUUUAAAAAGGAACUAAAUAAUUUCCUUCGAGAACUUUGUUUAUCAAUCUUUUGAAGAAAGGAAAAGAUGAUGUCCUUACCAUAGAGUUUAUGUUCGUAUAUAGAUCUUACUCUCUGAAAGAAAAUGACGGUCUGGCCUUGAUAUUGAAAUAUGCAAGGAAGACUUAGUUUCCAAUUCAUUAUGGUUACUGUACGCAAUCAACAACAAAAUUCGAAGCGACAUUAAACAAAAUAAAAAAUUAUAGAUUCCCGAAUCUUACAUUAAAGUUAUUCAUCUUUCAAAAUCUUGCUUUAACUUUCUAUGUAAUAAAUAAUGUGUACGUUCUUUUACGGGUUGUGCGGAAAUAUUAACAGCAAACUGUCUUCCGAUUUAAAAAAAAAUGAGCAAUUAAAGGUGUUUUUUAACUUUAAGUUGCA